ACUGACACUCCCAAUGCACGAAACCAGUCUACUGUUUAUCACUUGGACCUCCGAGGGAGAUAUCCGCUUUCUCACCGAUGUCCUUGUUGGCCUGCAUCCGUCUCCUCAUCGUUUGGGCUGUCCCUCCGUGGGCUCGGGGUGCCCCCCGGCACUCUGCAACCGGCCUCAGUCUAGUGGUGGGAGCCGUGACCCGGCUUGCUCCAGUCAGAGAGGCACAGCCUGACCCCAGUCGAGGUCCAGUCGAAAUCCAGCAGAGGCUGGGCUCAGGGAAUAUCGAGGGAAAAUGCAUUUAUCCGUUCAUCCCAGGACCCAAGCAGAUCCAGGCAGAUCUAAGCAGCUCCAGCUAACCCCAGGCCUCUGCGGAUCAUCCCUGCUUGCCCAUUACGGCAACGCUUCUCUAGCGGCAUGUUCAACAUGCCGCUCUUCUGGCCGUGGGAUAUGUAAUCCAUGAUCCAUUCGACCCACCCCCCCCCUCGUUAUUCUCUAUAUCAACCUCUCUUCCCCAGUUCUUCC